AAUUUUGAAUUAAAUUUGACACUUAGUUAAUUAUGCGUUCAAUGCUUGUUUCGCAUAGUUCGAUCCAAUGGCGGAUAACAACGAUAAUCGGAGAUCGUUAUGGGGAGUUCCGGAGAAGCUUCAGCUUCACAUAGCGAUGCUGACGUUGCAAUUCGGUUACGCCGGAUUCCACGUGGUGUCUCGAGCUGCUCUUAACAUGGGAAUCAGCAAACUCGUCUUCCCUGUUUAUCGUAACAUCAUCGCCUUGCUUCUUCUCCUUCCCUUCGCUUACUUCCUCGAAAAGAAGGAGAGACCAGCGAUUACUCUCAACUUUCUCAUCCAGUUCUUCUUUUUGGCACUCAUCGGAAUAACAGCGAACCAAGGGUUUUACUUGUUGGGACUGGACAACACUUCACCAACAUUUGCUUCUUCCAUGCAAAACUCUGUUCCCGCCAUUACCUUUCUCAUGGCUGCUCUUCUCAGGAUUGAGAAAGUAAGAAUAAACAGAAGAGACGGUAUCUCCAAAGUCUUAGGAACAGCUCUUUGUGUCGCCGGAGCUUCUGUCAUCACUCUCUACAAGGGUCCAACCAUCUACACCCCGACCAGCCACCUCCACACUCAUCUACUCACCACAAACUCCGCUGCCUCCGCAGUCUUAGCGCCGUUAGGAGACGCCGCGCCUAAAAACUGGACCCUUGGUUGUAUCUACCUAAUCGGUCACUGUCUCUCGUGGUCAGGCUGGCUCGUUUUCCAAGCUCCGGUUCUUAAAUCUUAUCCGGCGAGGCUCUCGGUUACGUCUUACACUUGUUUCUUCGGGAUCAUUCAGUUCUUGAUCAUUGCUGCUUUCUGUGAAAGAGAAUCUCAGGCUUGGGUUUUCCACUCCGGUUGGGAGCUUUUCACCAUCCUCUACGCCGGAAUCGUAGCGUCUGGAAUCGCGUUUGCGGUUCAGAUUUGGUGUAUUGACAGAGGGGGUCCAGUCUUCGUUGCUGUUUACCAACCUGUUCAGACUCUUGUCGUUGCGAUCAUGGCUUCGAUUGCCUUAGGCGAAGAAUUUUACUUGGGCGGGAUUAUUGGAGCGGUCUUGAUCAUAGCGGGACUUUACUUCGUAUUGUACGGUAAGAGCGAAGAGAGGAAAUUUGCAGCGCUUGAGAAGGCAACGAUGCAGUCCUCCGCGGAGCACGGUAUCGAACGUGCACCUGUUUCUCGCAACUCCAUCAAGUCGUCCAUCACAACUCCACUACUCCAUCAGUCAACGGACAACGUUUGACUAAUUGGAUACAUCUUUCUCCAGCUAAUAAUUACAAAUGCCAUUA